AUGGUCACAGCCAGCAAUACCAAGAAAGCAGUAGAGUUCCUGGACAACACAACGGCCGUCAUCCUUGUGGGAGAGGUCGCAGAUGUUGACAACAUACUAGCUAUCGCUCUCCGGUUUGCAGGAAGGGAUUUCAUCUAUAUUCAUCACGUGUCACAAGAGACUAGCUACAAAAGUCAACGGCCGGACCUUGGAACUUUCUUGCGCGGAAAUAGAAUGGAAUUGAUCCGGUUUAAAAACCCUCAACAGGCUAAGGAAGUGUACGAUUUUGUUACCGUCAACCAGGUCAGCAGCGAUGAAGAUGGUUGA